UAAAGGAUUCUGAAUAUGCUAGAGUUUGAUAACAAGAAAUAUAGUCAUUAAAUUAUUUGAAUGUAAGAGUAAUAUUACAAGAACAUAAAUUUAAUUAGCACUAAAGCCUAACAAUUGUAUUUAAAAUAUGAUUGUAAUAGGUUUGUUAUUCAUUCUCUAUAUUAAGAUGAAACUGCCUCAGAAUCAACUCAAGAGAGUAAAAGUGUAGGUCUUGGAACUGAGCCAGAGACAGAAAAAGUUCAGAAUGAGAAAGAAAGAAAGGCAAUACAAUGAGACAGAGAGGGAAGAGACAGACGCAGAACAGGAAGAAAUGGAGAGUGAGGCAGCCACAGCCAUGUACACAAGGGAGAAAAAGCCAGAAGACUUUGAGUUUUUGCUUCAGUUACAAAGUCCAUCAGAUCCUGCUCAUGUAAAGAAAUACAAUAUAACAUACAAUGUGGCCUUCACAAAAUGUUCAAAUUCAGUAGGACCCUGUCGUCCAAUUUUGCAGUUCCUAAAAAAAUGAACUAGGUCGUUUGUUUCAGGGACAGUUGUAUGAAGAAUUUUUAAAUAAAAAAAGUGUUGCUGUAAAUGGAGCAGGUAAAUAUAAAAAUGUAAAACAGCAAAUAGUUUCUGUUAUUAUCAGCAAUGUGUAAUUGUUAUGUUCUAUCAAAACAUCUACAAUAACGUCUAAAAUGUAUUUGAGAGUGUGCUAUCUUCUCUUUUAAUUGUACAUUUUGGAAUAACUGGAUAAUUUGUGUUAACAAGCGACCACAGGUCACGGGGCGCCUGUGCCUAUCUCAGGCGUCAUCGGGCAUCAAGGCAGGAUACACCCUGGACGGAGUGCCGAUCCAUCGCAGGGCACACAACACACACUCUGUCAUUCACUCACGCGAUCACACACUAUGGACAAUUUUCUAGAGAUGCCAAUCAACCUACAAUGCAUGAUUUUGGACCGGGGGAGAAAACCGGAGUACUCUGUAGAAGUCUUUGUUGGGUUUUUCUGCAGGCCUUCAGCCCCACAGGUUGGCAGAGCAGGAGAGUCUGCAUUUGUUCUCAGAUUUUACGACUAUUGCUCAAGCAUGUGGGGCGGCUUUGGUGGCUGCAACAAAAGAAAUCCAGUCUCCAAGCAGCACCUUAUGCAGUGUAAUGAAAUCUAUCUCAUAGGCCUAUGGGGUGUGCUGUGUAGCUUCGCCUUUAGGGAUUAUGGCUCACUCGGUGUAUUGCCCUGUCCGGCUCUUUGGCUAGGGACAUUCCCCUCCAGGAGAUUUGUGCUGUGGUGGGAUCUGGUUUCCUGAGAUAAGAACGAGACUCUGUAUUGCUGGUUAGACUCUGGGCAUCCACUUGCACUUUCUUCAGACAAAUAGAAGCUGGAGUAAUGUGAUAUAGAUGCCCUUUAAUUUCACACACAGCUUCAGACACCACUUCUGCAAAGUGCAUUCCCAUAGCCAUGACACAGCAUCCAUCUCAUUCCCAUGUCAGGGAACCGAAUUACAUACCUAACCUGGUGUAGUUUGAUAUCCCUAUUUACCAUGUAAAGAUAACAAAAGCAAAAGUUUUUCUUGAAUAAUAAUUUUAAAAAAAUUCCAGUAAGUUAACAAGAUCUCAAAGCUCUGAAUAUCUACUUUCAUAUUAGCUUUAUAUUAACCACCACAGUGGAGUGUGGCAUGACAGACACAUUCAAUAUUGAACAUGGACACAACAAACAGGCACAAAUUCCAUUUUUUUACCUCUGGGGAAAAGAGAUCGUUCUUGAGGUAAGUUCAUUUCUGUCCGAUAUGUUUGUAGCCAGAAGUGUUAUCUAAGCCUCCUAGUCUACAAAAUGUGAUAAUGCAUCUACUGCAAGAUAACGUCUUAACAAAAAGGGAGAACAGAACACACUCUUUAGAGACCUCAUUACCUCCCUGAUUAAUAUGAGAUUCCUUCUUACAUUUGACAGUUUGGUAGCAUAUGCAUAACCUCAACAAACCUAUCCAGAGGUUUCAUAUCUAUGGGAUGUACCCAAAUAAUUUUUUGAGCUUAUUGUCAUUUUUGUGUAACAAGGAGUUCAUGAGAAUGACAAUGUAAAAAAAAACACUCCUGGAUUAUAUUUACCACAGUUCCUGUGUUUCUGGUUAAUUCACUACCCUUAAUAAUAAUAAUAAUAAUAAUAAUAAUAAUAAUAAUAAUAAUAAUAAUAAUAAUAAUAAUAAUAAUAAUAAUCUAAUGCAAAAAAAAAAUACUCAGCAGGAAUAAUUUUCUUUUGCAAAAGUAUCUAGGGAAAUUGGUGCAGAGCUAGUCAGGAUGGAGACAGGGCGUCCUCUAGUGAACAUUUUUGUAGCUACAGUGACGGAUGUCUCUGCUUGGAUGGUUGUUAUGGAAACACCAUUAAACAAUCCUAGGGCUGAGAUUUCAACGUUGUUGGCACUGCAUUCAAAAUGUUUAAAUAUAAGCGAUUUUAGUGUUACUAAAUAUGCAGUUUUGCUGUUUGCUUUAAAUAUUCAGAUUAUAACAACCCAGAUACACUGUAGAUCAUGAGUCAGUCAGAUGGAAGCAGCAGUCCUCCACCUGGAGGUCAAGAGAAUCAAAGUCAAUUUCAGCCAGAGAAGUCUCCUGAGAUUGAUUCACAGCAUGUAUAUACUAACUACUUUUCAACAAGUCUGGCCCUACAGUGCCUGGAAGAGCUUUUCUUAGAUGAUAUGAUCAGUGGAGACAAAAUGGCCAGACUAAAGGCCAGCCUCAAUGUGCUGCAUGACACCUUAAGAAGCUCGCAGGAAUCUGAGCUGAAACUGCUGCAGGAGGAGAAGUGUUUCCAUGCAGAGCUGAAGCGGCAGCAGAAAGAGUUAGAGAAGGCAGAGCUGUUGAGUGACGGCCAGCACCCGAAUGGUAGCGGCAUGAGACAGCAGCUCUUACAGUUUUACAACAAGCUCCAAGAGGCAGAGGGGAGAGCGGACCAGAUGCAGUACAAAAUCACAUGUCUCCAGGAGGAAAAAGACUGUCUCAAGAAAGAGUAUGAAAGACAUUCAAAGCAUGUUGAGAAAGAGAAGAGGUCCAUGGCUCUUAAGGAGAGCUGUGAGAAGAUGAAGAAGGAGAUCACCCAGAGGCAUCAGGAGAUCGAGACAUUAACAGAGAAAAUCAAGGCAGGUGAUACACAGCUCCAAAAGGAGCAACAGGACCUGGAGGAAAAGAAGGACAUGAUCAUGAGCAAAGAGGCUGAACUGGCACAGCUGCUCUCCAUUCCUGCUAAGCUGGAGAAAGAAAGUCAGAGAAUCAAUUCCAAAAUAAAGAAUGUACAGAAACAGAAGAGUGAACUUGAGAAGCAGCUGUUGGAGCUGGGAGAGAGGGCGAAGCAGACACAGGUGGGCUGCAGGCAGCUGGAUGAAGAGCGCAUGAGCAUGAUGAAGGAGUUGAAGCGCUCCAGGGCCCAACUGGAGAUGACUCAGAGUGAAAGAAGCAUUCUACUCAAAGAACAAGAGAUGACCAAGGAGGAGGAGGCUGUCAUCCUCGAACAAAGGGGCCUACUGGAAAUCAGCCUGAACCAAAUCAAGGAGGAGAGAAAGACCCUUCAUGACAGUCUUGUUAAGAAAGUGCGAGAGAAAGACCGACUACAGCGUAGGUUAAAAAACAUGCUACUACAGCAUAAAAUGUCUAAAGAUGCCCUGCACCACACUCAGGAACUCUACAACAAAACGAAGACCCAGAGGGAUAUAAUGCCUAAGAAUGAUGACUUGCUAAAGAAUAUCGAAGAUCUGCAAACAGAAGUAGACAACGUGAAACUGAAAGUGGGCCAUCAGCAGUCGGUCACAGGUGUUGAGGCCCAGGAGGUUGAACAGUGUAUAGUGCAGCAACAGACUCUGAUAAACGAGUGCAAUCGCCACUGUGAGGAGUUGCACCAUGUUCAUGCCCUGACCCGCAUCAAAGCAGACGAGAGAGAUCAAAAAAGCAGAGAGUUGCUCAAAGCUCAGAUGAGAUGCAACCAGAUCAAACAGGACAUCAGAGGAAAACAGCUCCAGAUUCUGGAGCACAAGAAACAAUAUCAGGAGAUUCAGUCAAGGCUCUGUGUUUUCGGCAAGCUAUAUGAAACCACCAAAGAAGAGUAUAACAAAUAUGUAAGCCUACUACAGAUCGCAACCCAGCACAUGACCAAGAUGAUGGAGAAGUUCAAAAUCUUGAAGAAUGAAAUUGAUAUUCUGCACAGCCAAACAGUCAAAAACGACAGGCUGCUGCAGAAGUCUCGUCUGAAGCAUGUACACAGCCACACAAUCCGGGACAGCUUGAAAAAUGACAUAUCCAAGGUGGCCUGCAUGCUUCAUGAGAUGCAGCACAAGAGCGAAGAACAGAGACUCAAGAUUGUUCAACUUGGACAAGUGAUCAAUGCCCAGGAACAAGAUCUGCUGCACAUGCGCAAGAGCCAUGAUAUGUCUGUCCAGAGCCGCAAUGAACGGGGUGUGCAACUCCUGGAGAGAGAGGAGGAGAUAUGUGUAUUUUAUGCAAAGGUAAAUGUGCAAGAGAAUCUGAUCUGUGAGGGGACGCUACAGAUACAGGCUCUGGAAGAGGAGAUCUGCUCUCUUAAGAUGCAACUUAAUGAGGAACAGAGGCAAAUCAGUUUGAGGAAAAAACAGAUGACUUGCAAGAAACCCCUGGAGGAUGAGUGUGCCUUACUGCAGAUACAGCUGUCUGAGUGUACGGAACACAAUAUAUCCCUGGAGCAGACACUCGAGGGCCAAGUUACAGAGAGACGACUGCGUGAACUGAGUGGUGAAGAUCCAUCUCCUGCUGAGCUUAUCAAGAAGAUAGAGCAUCUGGAGAUGCAGCUGGCAGCGAGGGAGGCUCAGCUUCUGGAGAAAGAGCUGAUCUAUGAUCAGGUGAUCCGAAUGUCUCAGCACCUUCGCACAAAGGCAGAUAAUGGAAAAGAGGACACACUCAGACUGGCCAAGAAGGUCAACGAGUUCCAGAGUCGCAUUAAGGAGUGCACUAAGAAGCUGAUGGCUGUAGUGUCGGAGUUGGCCAUGUUUCAGUCUCAGGCUCUGUGUCUCCAGCAGGAGCUUCGUGAGAAAGAGUUGGAGCUUGACUUGUGCCACCGAAGAAUGGAAAUGGGACUCGCACCUUCUGACAGCAUAGAGCAGGAGUGGCUGCGCAAUAUCCAAGCCCAGAAGAAACCCCAGAUUACCGAGGAGGAAGAAUGGAGUCAGCUUCCAAACGGAGUCUAUACCACGGCAGAUUUGCGGCCAAAUUCCUACAUCCCAGCAGAAGAUUCACUGCCCUUGCCAAAACCCUAUGGAGCCCUGGCACCUUUCAAACCGAGUGAGCCUGGAACCAACAUGCGCCACAUCCGCAAGCCUCAGCCCAAGCCCCUUGAGACCUAGAGCCUUGUAUUACAUUCAUGGCCACAGCAUUUUCUGACAUUUUUUAUAUACAUACAGUAAAUACAAAAAUAAAUAAAUAAAAAUAAAAGUGAAAGACUUUUUUAAAAAAAAAGUAACCAACACCUGCUUUUGAUUAGUUACCUCAUGUUUAUCGGCUAAGGGGAGUUUUCUUUGGAACUUAAGUGUGAGAGUUUCUGUGGGGAAUCUUGCUGGUUCUUGGCAGAAAAACUACUGGAUUCAGUUUCCACAAUACACAGAAAAACAAGGACACUCUCACUGUCACUCCCUUUUACAUUUCACAUGUUCAGAGGAAGUGUGUGCUCUGACUGGUGAUUCAGUGUCAUAAUACGCACAUUCAGAAGCUUUACUGUCAAAAACUGUGAUCGUGAGAUGAAUCUUGAACAUGUUUGUACCUCCAGCUCAUCUGUUUCUAGUCAGUCAUCACCAUUAGCCUAAAUUUCUCCUAAUGAAGGAUUAACCCUAGAUAUUAUUCAUGUUUUACAAGAACCCACCUUAGGCUUAGUAUUUAUAUAGAAACAUAGCAUUUUAUAGAAAUCUUGCUCUCAUUCAUUUAAGGAAAUAUUUGACUAAGAUAGGCAAAAAAAAUCACUCAGAUUUUCACAUUUGCAACAGCCAUAUGGUAGUAAACGGCAACAGAAAGAAACAAGAUACACAUUUAAUUAAAAUAAACUG